AUGGACCACCCAAACUCCACGCAUUCCGAGGGCGCUGCGCAUCCAGCGUAUCUGGAGCAGUCCAGGGUGUCUAGUAUUAUCGCCUGCAACGUUAUUUUGUUGGCUGUCAUCACUGUCGCUGUCGCUGUGCGCCUGUUUGUACGAUAUCAAUAUUUCAAGGUUCGUUCUGAUGACGUUCUUUGCUUCACAAGCUGGGUUUUCACAUUUGUCCUGUGUUUUGUCGCAAUGUGGAUGACUAGAUAUGGCUAUGGAAGACAUUUUGAACUGAUCGCGCAGCAUCCGUCCACCAUCUCCAUGUUUCUCAAGCUUGUAUUUGUUUCGAAAUUAGUUUAUAUAAUUGCUCUGAACACGAUCAAGAUGUCGUUCUGCGUCUUGUACAUGCACAUAUUUGUGCCCUCGCGGGUCCUCAAAUCAUUGUGCAUCGCCUUGAUUGUACUGCUGAUUAUGGAGUGCAUUGAAGAGAUGAUCGUGGUCAUUCUACAAUGCCGACCUGUCCAGAAGGCAUGGGAUGCAACAGGCAGCAUCCACGGUCAAUGUCUGAAUAUCACCGCAUUCUACUAUGCCAGCUUCGGCAUCAAGUUAGCGACGGACAUAGCAAUCUUCGUUCUACCAAUUCCUCCCUUGCUCCGGCUCAGAGUCAGCGGACCCCAGAAGUUCGUUGUAGUCCUAAUGUUCGCACUGGGGCUGCUGUAUGGAGACCCUUUUGAAUUGCUUCAAAGCCUUUACUGA